UUCCUAACUACGUGGACAGGCCUUUAAAGUGUGUAUUAUCUCCUUUUACGGCAUAAUGAGGAGACUACACGUAAGUCACGUGCCUGCACGAGCCAAGACAAUUGGCCAUCGGCCUAUUACUUUCUAUCUCAAUGGACUACCAAGUAUUAAGUCGUUUUCCUGUGCGCCAGGCUGUGAGAACGCUGCUAACUACUUGCACAGGACUUUAAAGCCUGUAAUAUGGCUUUUUACGGCCUAAUAAGGAGUCAGCUAGAGUAGUACACCCUCAUGAGUACAGUUUAGGUUUUCAACGGUCAAACCCCCAUUAAAAAACGCUGCUUUUAGACCCCCUAAAAAAUCUGUGACGUCACAGAUUUUAUCAUACCUCAAAUGAGUAAACAAGUCACGUGAUAUCCAACAAAUUUGCUGACAUCAUCAAAAAUGACGGCACUCGACAAAACUGCUGACAUCAACAAACGCGCAAAUCUGUUUGAAUAGAAAGGGAAAAUCCCUACGCAAAUUGCGACCGCUGUUAGUUAAAGUCUAAAUGUACUUAUAAUAAAGAGAAAUGAGUUGGUUUAAGAAUACAAUCAUGGAACUUCCAGCUGAAAAUGGUCACAUUGAGAUUGUUAAGAUGUUCAAAGAGUGGGGUGUGACAGACUUUGAUUGGGCCAUGAAACGUGCAGCUGAAAAUGGUCACAUUGAGACUGUUAAGAUGUUCAAAGAGUGGGGUGCGACAGACUUUAAUUGGGCUCUAGAAAGUGCAGCUGUCAAUGGUCACAUCGAGAUUGUUAAACUAUGCAAAGAGUGGGGUGCGACAGAUUUUGAUUGGGUCAUGAGUCUUGCAGCUGAAAAUGGCCACAUUGAGAUUGUUAAGAUGUUCAAAGAGUGGGGUGCGACAGACUUUAAUUGGGCUCUAGAAAGUGCAGCUGUCAAUGGUCACAUCGAGAUUGUUAAGAUGUUCAAAGAGUGGGGUGUGACAGACUUUGAUUGGGCCAUGAAACGUACAGCUGAAAAUGGUCACAUUGAAACUGUUAAACUGUGCAAAGAGUGGGGUACGACAGAUUUUGAUUGGGCCAUGAACCUUGCAGCUGAAAUGGUCACAUCGAGAUUGUUAAGAUGUUCAAAGAGUGGGGUGCGACAGACUUUGAUUGGGCCAUGAAACGUGCAGCUGUCAAUGGUCACAUCGAGAUUAUUAAGCUGUGCAAAGACUGGGGUGCGACAGAGUUUAAUUGGGCCAUUCUUAAUGCAGCUGGCAAUGGUCACAUUGAGAUUGUUAAGAUGUGCAAAGAGUGGGGUGCGACAUACUUUGAUUGGGCCAUGAGACUUGCAGCUCGCAAUGGUCACAGCGAGAUUGUUGUAUUGCUGCGUGGUUUUGAUGUCAUUCAUGAUGAAUUGCUGCGGCAUCAUCACAAGCGUAAUUUUUAUGCAAAACUAUGGAAUGAGGUACUGCCAGUGGCGUGGCAUCCGGAUCGAUUUUGGAAUUGGUGUGUAGAUGAGGAAGAAAAGCGCGAGAUAUCUAAAUUAUGGAUGUAAUGUCCAAUUUUUUAAACCUCAACCAGGAUCAAAAUACUGGACAUUACUUUUAUAAUUUAGAUAUCUCGCGCUUUUCUUCCUCAUCUAAAACACCAAUUCCAAUAUCGAUCCGGAUGCCACGCCACUGGCAUUACCUCAUUCCAUAUUU